CGCUCUCGUUGUCUGCUGGACGGUGGUGGGCUGAUUGAAAGAAGAAGAGAGUCAAAGUAGCAGCGUUUACCCAAAUAAAGGGGGAUUUUUACGACCAUCAACAAAGUCGUGACGGCAUGGCGUACCCCGGAUCGCUGAUGUGGGACGAGCACCAGGCGUACGAAGAGCUGCUGUACUGGGACGGGCUGAUCCAGGACGGACACCGCCUCCUCCCGCAUGAUUUUGACAGAUAUGAGGAGCUGCGUUACUGGUACGACUGCCUGUGUUACGAGGAGGAGCUGAGGCAGUACCACGACUACAUCGCUGCUAUCGAGCAGAUCGAGGAUAACCGUCACCACGAGGCAUUGUCGUCUUCUCGAAAGCACACCGGGCCUCACGAUCGCCACGUAAUGGCCAGACACGCCGAAGUGUACCCCACGCCUGAGGAGCUGGAGGCCGUGCAGAAUAUCGUCACCCACGUGGAGUGCGCCCUGAAGACUGUGUCUGACCAGAUGGAUACGCCAGCUGAUGAUGACAAAUCCACUGAAGCAGAGACUGUUGGCUCCAAGGAGCGUCUCCUGCGCGGCGUCAUGAGGGUCGCGCUGUUGGCCAAAGGACUCCUGCUGAAGGGGGACAAGAGCCUGGAGCUGGUGCUGCUUUGUAGCAACAAGCCCACGAUUACACUACUGAAACAAGUGGCUGAAAAGCUCGCUGCACAGCUGGAGAGCAUUUCAGCUGGGACAUACACGGUAUCCGAAUGUCCAGAAGACGCGUCCAUCGUUGUGACGAUUGCCAAGGAGUCAGUCCUGACUCUGACUAUCCACCUGACAUCGCCUGCUGUCAGGACGCAAGGAAGUAUUUCUGAAGAGGCGGUUAAAGCAGAAGAGGAAGAAUCGCAAACAGUCAUCGAUCCGCCGGACGUUCUGGACAGGCAGAAAUGCCUUACUGCCUUGGCGUCUCUCCGCCACGCCAAGUGGUUCCAGGCCAAAGUCAACGACCUGCCCUCCGCGGUCAUUGUGAUCCGGAUCAUGAGGGACUUGUGCCACCGCGUUCCCACCUGGACGCCCCUCUCAGGAUGGGCUCUCGAGCUGCUGGUGGAAAAAGCCCUCGGUACCUCAGAGAGGCCGCUGGGAGUGGGCGAAGCUCUCCGCCGGGUUUUGGAAUGUGUCGCUUCAGGAAUCCUGCUGAGAGACGGGCCAGGAAUCAAAGAUCCGUGCGAGAAGGAGCCGAUCGACGCCACGGCGUACCUGACGGAGCAGCAGUGUGAAGACAUCACGCAGAGCGCUCAGUUCGCCUUGAGGCUGUGUGCGUUCGGACAGAUCUACAAGGUGCUGGGGCGGGAAAACAAGCCUCCCAAGCUACGCAAGUUCUCCGGCGCCAGCAUCGAAGGGGGCACAGCUCAGAUACCCGGGGCCUACAGCCUUCCUGCCAAGAGGUUAUACUCAGAGGUGGACAAAGAAGAAGAGGAAGACGAGGAGCCGCAGCUCAACAGCAAGCAGAGGAAGUUUCUCAAGUUUCAGAAGCGCUUUCAGAGGAAAUCAUUCACAGAUGAUCUCAGUAUGAACGCCGUGAUGCGUCUGAACCAGUACCGGCCCGGCCUGGAGUACCGGCUCACCUCCCAGACCGGCCCGGUCCACGAGCCGGUCUUCACCAUGGCCGUGGACCUGAACGGGAAGAGCUACGAGGCGACGGGGCCUUCCAAACGAGCCGCCAAGCUGAAUGUAGCCACCAAGGUUCUUCAAGAUCUCGGUCUUCCAACCAGCUCAGAAACAAAAUCAGAGUCCAGCGGAAACACUGAAGCGUCCCAAGAAUCCGUCAAAGCUUCCUCAGCCACCUCCACAACUUCAGACGAUAGCAGCCAGGGUCCCAUCCUGACCAAGAACGGGAAGAACCCGGUGAUGGAGCUGAACGAGAAGCGGCGCAGCCUGAAGUACGAGCUGUCAGCGGAGACGGGCGGCUCCCACGAAAAGUGCUUCGUCAUGGAGGUGGAGGUGGACGGGCAGAAGUUCAAAGGUCGAGGCUCCAAUAAGAAGGAGGCGAAGGCCUACGCCGCGCUGGCUGCUCUGGAAAAACUCUUCCCAGAUGACAAUGGAGCAUCGAACUCCAACAGGAGCUUCUCCAAGAAGAAGGUGACGUACACAGACAUGCACAUCCCAGGAUUUGGCACAAUCCGAGGAAUCCCCUCGGACUCCGGGCCCCGGGGCUGGGGUCCCGGCAGGGGGGGUCGAGGCCGGGGUCGAGGGAAGCCGUUUGUCCCCGGGCCCAGCUAUAACAGAACUAACUACAGUUACGAGAGCGGCGCCAGCACAGGCUACCAUAAGCUGUAUGGUAACUCCGCUGACGCCUCAGUCAAAACACCGGGCUCUGAAAUUGGCUACGGAACCUUUUACCCCGAGAGCAGCGCUAGCUACGCGUCCCAGCCCGACUCCGGCUCCGCCGGCGGCGGCGGGGAGAGCUACCAGUCCAUGCCUCCCCCCACCGACCUGGAGAGUCCGUACAGCUACGGCUACGGCGACGAGAAGAAGAAGAUGCUGACGCAGGGCCAGAACGAGGGCCAGAGCCAGAACCAGGGGGACUACUCCAUGUACAGCACGGCCUACCCCAGCUCCGUCACCGGGGGGCAGGCCUACGGCAACUACGGUUGGGGAAACCAGUCGUCCUGGAGCGAGAACCAGCAGUCGUACGACGGGACGUACCAGGGGUACGGAGACCAGAGCCAGGGCUCGUACUCCGGGUACGACAUGAGUUACUGAUCAGUCCGCUCGCCGCGCCGUCUUCACCCCCCGACCUUCACGACGAGCAGGAGGAUGUCGUGAGAUGCCACUUUCUGUGAAGGAAACAAGUGUUUUUCUUUCAACUGGAUUUCAAUUAGUUCUUUUUACCUCAUCUAUCAUUUUUUUGGACAUUUUGAUCAACUUUAUUUUAUCCACAAAAUCUGGCGUCGCCGUCGUAUUGACACCAGUGUUGCAUUGUGUGCGUGCGCGUGCGUGCGUGUGUGUGUGUAUUAAAUGUUGCGUGCUGGUUCUGUGUGAAUUAGACUUAAAGCUCCUCUUUCUUUUGACCUGAAGAGUUAUUCAUCUGUGUUACAAAAUGCUCUAAUUGUGUCUUGUAAAACGAAUAAAUCACUCGUUUUGGAGCAGA